GCCUCUAUCGUACCUCGAAGCAGCAACAUCAUCAACCACGAAAUCCGAGCUUCAUCGAGCCGACUGUUUCUACUCUGACCUGACAUCCCCUUGCCGGCUUCGAUUUCCCACCUAGCCACACACGCUUUCCACAACCGACACCAGCGCGCGCAUCAACCAUGCCGAUAUCACCCAUUAUUACGUUCAAGGCGGGCAUUUGCGACGUAGAUCAAACGUCGAAGCCGUACAAGGUCACGCCCCAAGCCAGGCCCGGCUACAUCUACCUUUACUCCGACGAUGAUUUCAUCCAUUUCUGCUGGCGCCCUAGAGAUGCCCCUGCGGACGAGCCCGAGCUCGACCUCGUCAUGAUCCCCGAGGACGGACACUUCCUUCCCUACGACACCAAGUCUCCUGCCCAGGCCUCCGCCAAGACCAACGGCCGUAUCUUCUCGCUCAAGUUCUCUUCCUCAUCACAGCGCCAUAUUUUCUGGCUGCAAUCGAAGCCUCAGAGUCCUAACGGCGACCCGUCUUUCCUGAGCCCAAGAGAUCUGAAGAUUGGAGAGAUCGUGGACAAGCUUCUGCAGGGCUACGAGGUGGAUGUGAACAGGGAGCUUGCUUCACUCAGCAGCGGCGGUGGUAACAACCGCCGAGACGAUGAUGACGACGAGACAAUGGAAGACGUCGAGGGCCACGGAGACCCCAAUGCCCACCACGAGGGCGGUACUGGCGGCGCUGGUCCCGACGCCACUGGUGGUGAUGUCAGGAGGGAGGGCGAGGACGCCAGAGAAGGAGGAGCAGAUGGAGCAAGAGCGGCAAAUGCUACGAAUGCCGAGGCGGAUGCGGCUGCCGUUGUAAGGAACUUCCUCGAGUCCCUGAAAGGCACCCAAGGGCGUGCCGGAGGCCAAGCCCAAGCCCAAGGCAAAUCCUACCCUUUACUCAACGAUCUUCUUGAAUCCUCAGUUACGAUUCCGAUGCUUGAUUCCGCCACCGACGAAUAUGUCGACAACCUUUUGAACUAUCUACCCCCAACCGUCAUUGUCAUGUCUCAGCAAGGUGCCAGCGGUACUGAUGCCAUCGAGGUUGAGCCUAGUGCCGCGUCUGUUGAGGCCGCUCGGCAGGCUAUGAGCCAGGAUCAGAAGCGCGCGCUUCUGAAGAAGGUUCUCCGGAGCCCUCAGUUUACCCAGAGCCUUGCCAGUCUGACAAUCGCUCUUCGGGAUGGAGGACUCCCCAACAUUUCUGCUGCGUUGGGAAUCCAAGUGGAAAAUGGUGGUAUGGUCAGGGGCGGUAUGGUGCCUCUAGGUGGCGGAGAUGCUGUCGAGGCCUUUGUGGAAGGAGUGAAAAAGACAGUCCAGAAGAAGUAAAGGACUUCAGAUCUUGAUAGAGCCUUCGAGAUGAGGACACGACAUACAGGAGAUUCGAUUGAUAUUGAGGAUCAAUAGGCCCUGAAAAGCUGUAGGAAGGCUUGCGUCCGAAGCUUGAUCAAAAAUGGAGGUCUGUACCACCGAUUUUGACCGCACUAACAAGCACUAGUAAUGCCCAAACCUGGAGGGUUGAAAGUCAAUCGGACGUAAAGAAAAAGUCUCCCGAAGUAUUCACGCCGGUUUAUCCUCCUA